AUGCACUGCGCGAACUCUCCGUCCGGAAUGAAGGCAGCACCGUUCCUCCUCCGCAGCUGUUUUUAUGUUGCCAGGAUGCGCAAACGUCCUCAUUGGACAGACGCAAUUUUGUACACUCUGAGCAAUGAAGAACUCGGCUCCAUCUUCUGCAUGAUAACCUUCCACAUAUUUGAAGACAGCUAUCAUGUCUCCCGUUCAUCUAUGCUUCCCCAGGUGAAGGGUAAUAUCAAAGCGAGGAAGUCGCCUAAUCAGAGGCGAAUUCCGCUUUCACAGCGACCUCUAGGGGUCAGGAGAGGGGAAUCUGCGGCCUACACGUCCGCCUUUGGCCCCGCCGCUUUGCGUAGGGUCCGCCUGCAGCUUGGCGCGGCGCUCGCCGGACUGUACUUCCGCUUCUCUCCCGCCGAACGCCCUAGCUUAAGGUCAAAGCAUAACAAGAACAUCAAGAUGUCUAUUCCAGAAGGGAAGGGAUCAGCCCGUAAAUCAAAGCAAAUGAUUGCCAAGACAUCGUUGAAUAACCCAUAUGCUCUCCAGUGGCGUACCAUGGACGGAGCAGAUAUGCACUUCAUAUUGGAGGCCUUGGAAGAAGCUAUGAAACGGAUUGGGUUUAAGAAGAUAGAGCUUCGGAGGAGGAAGAAACCCUGCUCGGGAGGAAAGCAAGAGAAAGAACCAUGCCAUGGCCAGAUCAGCGAACUUCAAGAUGAGAAUGGGACAGAGGAUGCUAAAGCGCAUGGGUGGACUGACUUGCAAAUCAGGAACCAGCUUGCUAUUGGGAUCAAUGAAGUAACUAGAGCUUUAGAAAAAAAUGAACUCGUACUUGUGCUGGUGUGCAAAUCUGCCAAACCGGCCAUGCUAACGUCUCACCUUAUUCCACUCAGUGCAAGUCGGGCCAUCCCCGCUGCCCAGGUUCCACGCCUCAGUGAAAGCCUAGCACCAGUUCUUGGGUUAACAUCUGUCCUAGCACUUGGACUUAAGAGGAAUGCCGAUGCCUUUGCAGAAGUAGCCAAAGUGAUUAUUCCACGAAUACCUAGUUUGAAUGUGCCGUGGAUUCAGGAUGGAACUGAACAAACCUUGGCGAGUGACGAUACAGAUCUAACGGACAAGACAGCUGUUGAGAUUGCAGAGUCAAACCCAGAAGAGAGCUCUCCCUGUCACAAACGGAAACGAAGAGAUAACUGCAAACUUGCCUCUCCUAAUACAGCUUUGCAGGCACUCAGGGUUAAAAAAAUAGUUCCCAAUCCAAACAAGAAAAGAAAGCUUCCCAAAACUAAAAAACGUAUUUCAAAGUAAUUAAUCAUAUUGGUUUGGUCCCUACAUUUAAUAUAUGCCUUGGUGUUUUUUUUAAAAUUUCUCAGUAAAAACUAUGUAAUAUUAAA